UGCUUCGGUCGGCCCGCCCCUCUCCUCCCGAAAGGGUUCGGCUGUUCUCGUCGCGAGGCGUCCAAGUGGAGGAGGAAAAGGAAAGGAGAGGGGGGAGACUGGUCGCACUGUGAAGGAAGAAAAAGUAAACGACAAUUAAAUAUUGACACCGACCGUCAGCGGGAAGUGACAAAGGUGCGAAUCGGCAGCUCUGACUUCGACAGUGCGGUCCAUGUAGGGCUAGUUUUCCACAGUCUAUGGUGUAAACACACGGGUCUGGUUGUGACAUUGCGCCGUGAGCGACAGAGCAGAGGGAAAGGUCUCCUCCCAGUCUGUUGACGGAUAGAGUUUGGCUUCAGUGAAAGGAGACACGGCUAGACCUGACUGUACAUUACCCCCCGGCCAGUGUUAUAUAGCCCAGGAUGUCGUCAAAGGCUCACAGUUCCAAUAACAUCGCCCAUGCCCGGCGAACGGUGCAGCAGCUGAGAAUAGAGGCGAGAAUUGAGAGGAUAAAGGUAUCCAAGGCCUCUGCGGACCUUAUGAACUACUGCAGUGAACAUGCCAGAAAUGACCCUUUCCUUAUGGGCAUCCCUGCUUCAGACAAUCCCUUCAAGGACAAAAAACCCUGCACUAUAUUGUAGUGGAUGCCACUUAGCCUUUAUGUUUUUUUUUUUUUGUUUGUUUGUGAGUUUUUUUUGUGCUUAAUAAUGUUGCUGUGUUCUUUUUGUUGGGAAGAGUGAGAGGUGGACUGUGAUCGUAUAAUUACCAAUUGUUCUGUUAGCAAUUCAACCAUGAUUUUCUCAAAAAAAAGCAACUCAUAAUGAGGUGUUCAGUGGCUGCCUCAUUGGCCUGUAUUAUUCACUGAAAGUAUUGACCUCGGCAGUGCCACGGUUCAGUUUGAGCUCUGACCACUAACGAGACUUUGACUGUAUGAGUUAUGACAGCAGAUAUUGUUUUCUGAAUACCUGAACAGCACUGACACUCCUCAGUGAUGGAGUUGGACCUUCCUCUUUACACAGUCUCAUCUCUAUUUGGCAGUGACUGCUAUUUCCUCUCUGUUUUGCCUUAAGUGGAUUCAUACAGCCAAAGUUUCCCUCUUGUCCUUUAAAAGUAUAUCAAUUUUAAGAUAAAUAAUAAUGGCUUCAGACACCAUUCCCAGCAGUAUUUUACUGUUUUUGUCCAGUUUAGAUCACUGAAUCCAGGGAUCAAGGUCUACAUUGAGCUUCUACUCAAAUGUUACCAUGAUGUAUCUUUUAUUGGGGCAGUAACAGUUGAAUUAUAAUAACUCAAAAGUCUUCUGCAACCCCUUACAGCCGCAGCAGUUCUGACUGGUUCACGACAAUCCACAUCCCAUUAAGUCCACUGUUUCCUGUCUGUUAUUUGCAGUAUGAUUACCAUGAGGCUGUGUUGUCUUUAGCUGGUUUAAUGAAGCAUCAUGUUGAGAUAAGUUCCAAAUAAACAUAUUUAAUCCAAGAUCAUCUGUGCUCAGAUUUAAGCCAUUGGGAUAAAAUGACUCCAGUGUUUUGAUGCGUUCGGUACAUGUAAGAUACAGAGUGAAUGAAGCUAAAAUGAAAAUGCUUUAUCAUAUUAAUGCAGUGCGUCAUUUUUUUUUUUUUACUCUAAGUGUCAGCUGACUUUGUGGAAUGAGGACCUUGGGACUAAGCCAAACCAAUGAUACUGCAUUUGAAAACAAUUAUGCGUCUGAAUAUUUUAGCCAUUCCUUCAGAUAACUUUCUGUGGUACGACAUUUUUAGGACACUGACCUCACAGAGCACGCCAUCAAGUGCUGUGUAACACUGUGAGCCACGCCUACUUGCUCAUCACAAGUGUCUUAGUCAAGUGAAUGUUCACGUCAUUGUCUUAAAGUGUUUUUUGUGCAAGUAUUGUUGGCACAGGUAUAAAUGGUCGUGUGUAUCGAUGAUAAAACCACUCUCCCGAGACUGCUCUCACAUUUUUCAUCUUUUUCAUUUUAAACUAUAACAUUUGUUCCAGUGGGGGUCUUCAAUCUUCACUCUAACAUGUCUUGCAUGUUGUGAUUCUCUGGGGGGAAAUAUCUGCUGUGGUAAAUUUAACAAAAAAGCGGAAUAGAUAGUAUGAAUUAAAAUGUUCUUACACUCUAAAGCCUUACUUAUGUUUGCCUUGUAUAAAAAAAAAAGAUGUUUCUAUCAAAUGUUUUUAUGUGUGGGAUGAAAGUGAUUUGUAACAAUGUUGUGCCAUCUGUUUUUGUCUACAUGUCACAUGCAAAACAUGUUAAAUCGUGUUUCACUUACCUGGUGCUCCGCUUGUCAGCAGUUUUGCUAUUGUUGCCUUCUCCAAAGGGUACUUUCAGGUCUUCAAAUCAGCAAGAUCUAGUGUUAUUAUCCAACUGUAUUUUUUAUGAUUGUCUCUAACAGUCAGUUCUUCUUACUUGCAAUAAAUAAUUCCUGUAUGCCUCUUGAGGAAAAAUUCAGAUUACCACUGCCAUGUCAUUAAUUAUGCUACGGCCUUAUUGUACUAUUGAUAGAUUAAUUUAACAGUCAAAAUUUGCAUUUUGAUAAAUGUCUUUAUUAAUAUACCAACCUUUGUAUGAAGACUUAUCUAAGAUUAAUAAAGUGAAGCAUUCCUACAGUACAAUACUGUACUAAUAUAUCAAUAAAGAUGUGUUGUGCU